AUGGUGGAGUCAGGGUCACAAGGUGGAGCUGAGGUAGCUAAAAAAGCUGAGGUAGGCAAAAGAGUUGAGUUGGUUGGAAACAUUGAAAUAAAGGAAGAAGUUGGUUAUGGAAGAAUGAUGGAAUAUUCGAUUUGGCAAGAACUAAUGAAGUUGUUAGGAACUUCUGUACAUCUGAGUAUAGCAUAUCAUAUUGAAUUUGAUGGACAAUCUGAAAGACCAAAAACGUGGGCUCAGUGGUUACCUCUAGCAAAGUGGUGGUAUAAUUCGAGCUACCAUUUUGCUUUGAAAAUGACACCCUUUCAAGCUUUCUAUGGUUAUACUUCUCUAGGGUUUCUAUGGGAUGUUAGCAGCAAAGCUAGGGGACAAGGAUCAAUUAGAGAGAAGGGUAAUGUGAUGAAAUUGUAUGGUGAUCAUAUUGACAUGGUGGAGUCAGGGUCACAAGGUGGAGCUAAGGUGGCUAAAAAAGCUGAGGUAGGCAAAAGAAUUGAGUUGGCUGGAAAUGCUGAUAUAAAGGAAGAAGUAUCAAGUCAGCUUGCAUUCAUAUGUUCUUCUGAAGAAUUUUCUCACAUUUUGAUAGCAAUAACCUGGUUCCAUAUAUUUGAUGAUUCCAUGGUUAGGGUGAACUUGCCAAUGCUUUUGAUCCUGAAAUCAGAAACCAAGUUUAUGAUGAGGCUUACAAUGGAUGCCAUGCCGCAUUGGAUCAAGCACUUGAAGCAAUGA